UGAGCGCGAGCCGCGGGCUCUCGGGUCUUUUUUAGCGCCAUCUGCUCGCGGCGCCGCCUCCCGCUCCUCCCGCCGCCGCCGCCGCCGCCGCCGCCGCCGCCGCCGCCGCCGCCCUGAGUCACUGCCUGCGCAGCUCCGGCCGCUCGGCUCCGCGUCCGAGCCUCCUGGAACGAUAUUUGGAGUUCUUAAAAGAUGGCAGACAUUGACAACUUGCCUAAGGUAGUCAAAAGACGGGUGAAUGCUCUCAAGAAUCUUCAAGUUAAAUGUGCACAGAUAGAAGCCAAAUUCUAUGAGGAAGUUCAUGACCUUGAGAGAAAGUAUGCUGUUCUCUAUCAGCCUCUGUUUGAUAAGCGAUUUGAGAUCAUUAAUGCAAUUUAUGAACCUACAGAAGAAGAAUGUGAAUGGAAACCAGAUGAGGAAGAUGAAGUUUCGGAGGAGCUGAAAGAAAAGGCCAAGAUUGAAGAUGAGAAAAAGGAUGAAGAAAAAGAAGACCCUAAAGGAAUUCCUGAGUUUUGGUUGACAGUUUUUAAGAAUGUUGAUUUGCUCAGUGAUAUGGUUCAGGAACAUGACGAACCUAUUCUGAAGCACUUGAAAGAUAUUAAAGUGAAGUUUUCGGACGCUGGCCAGCCUAUGAGUUUUAUCUUAGAAUUUCACUUUGAACCCAACGAAUAUUUCACAAAUGAAGUGUUAACAAAGACUUACAGGAUGAGGUCAGAACCAGAUGAUUCUGAUCCCUUUUCUUUUGAUGGACCAGAAAUUAUGGGUUGUACAGGGUGCCAGAUAGAUUGGAAAAAAGGAAAGAAUGUUACUUUGAAAACCAUUAAGAAGAAGCAGAAACACAAGGGCCGUGGGACAGUUCGUACUGUGACUAAAACAGUUUCCAAUGAUUCUUUCUUUAACUUUUUUGCUCCUCCUGAAGUUCCUGAGAAUGGAGAUCUGGAUGACGAUGCUGAGGCAAUACUGGCUGCAGACUUUGAAAUUGGUCACUUUUUACGUGAGCGUAUAAUCCCAAGAUCAGUGUUAUACUUCACUGGAGAAGCUAUUGAGGACGAUGACGAUGACUAUGAUGAAGAAGGUGAAGAAGCUGAUGAGGAAGGGGAAGAAGAAGGAGAUGAGGAAAACGAUCCAGACUAUGACCCAAAGAAGGAUCAAAACCCAGCCGAGUGCAAGCAGCAGUGAGCAGUGACUGGCCUUGAGGACGGCCUCCCUGUAAUAGCCUAAACAUGACUCAUUUACUUACAGCCUUAUGGUUUUGUAUUUUCUUGAUAGAAUCAGUAAGUUUCUAAGGGAAAGGAAAUUGAUAUUUUGCAGACCAAUUUGUUCUAACCAGCAUCCCAACUCUAGCUCUGUCAGCCACGUUACCGCAUCCACCCUUUACUGCAUGCUCAGGUCGCUGCAGUCUGGUUCUCCUGGGAGAUUUUCAUCAUGUAGCUAUUGGAUACAAUUAUGAAAACCAACUGUUGAACAUAUUUGGAGUAGCUGUUUCUUUCCUAGAGAACCAAAGCUGUUUCAGCUGGUAGAACAGGUUGAAGCCCGCCUGCAUUAGCUGUGCUUUCCGUUAUGUUUAGAGGGAUGCACAGGCACGACAUCAUUCCAGGAAGGAAAAUUGUGGUUAAGAAUUUCCAGUAAGAUCAUACUUAAUAGCUGAGAUUUUUAAGGCAUUUUUAUGUUUUCAAUGACAUAACAAAAGUCAACUCAUGCUUAUAGCAAGGUGAACAAACCCUAGGUUCUCUUCAGACGUUAAUUGAUAGUAUUUAAUGUACGUUGAAAGUUAACCUCCAUUAAUGACAUCUUUUCUUUGUGGUAGGGCCUACCUUCUGCUUUCCUGGAAAAGAUGAAUAUACAUCAUUUGAACCUAUUUUGAGUUUUUCUGUUGUUUUGUUUGCCUAAUUUUGUUUUUAUAGCUUAAAAUAAAAAUAUGACACAGUCUUAGCUCUCACGGGAUGCUGUCUCAGUUUGUACUGAUUGAGGCUAUUGCAGAGGGUGAGUUGGAGUUCAGGGUGCCUAGUUGUCUAUUGAACAGUGUUGAGGAGGUAAUAUACACGCUUUAAGAAUGUGAAGUGUGCUUAGUUGUUUGAACAGAAAUUGCGCUUGUUAGAGCUGACUGUUUACUCUGGCCUCAGUGCUAAGGGUGAGGAGUGUCAUGAUGAGCCCUGCUGUUUACUGUGUAUGACUAAGGAUGGAUGGGUAGUACUGUUGGUUCAACUACCUCAGCUCUGUUACAGCAUAUUGGGAUAAAUCUCACAAAUGCUCUCAGUCUUACAAAAUGCUCAAAAAAUUGGCCUCUGUACCACGAGUGUGAUGCUCAGCGACAUAUUCACACCAAACUGAUGAUUAAACUGGAGAAUGAAGUUUAAAACCCUUCUGUAUCUGGGCAUGUGGCUCCUGUUUUAGUGGGAAUGAGUGAAAGUCGUGUAUGCUUUCAAGAGAUUGAAGGGUUUGGGGUUUUUUUGUUUGUUUGUUUGUUUGUUUGUUUGUUUGUUUUUGGAGUUAACUUUUUAUACCCCACUUCAGAUAUUUCAAGCAACCACAUUGUAGCAAAUCCUAAGGUGGUAAUGAGGCAGGGAGGUGGCAUUAGUUUCAGAGCAUGAGAGCCACAUUUAAAAUACCUCAGGCUAUUUACUGUUCACUGUGGGAAAGAAAUGGUCUCUGACAGGGUUUAAUUGAAUUGGACUUGGAGGAAGUUCCUGCUGUUAAUAAAAUUUACAUUGAAGAAACUUUUUUUGGAGGUGAUAGUUCUUUUUGUGAGAUUUUAAUAUUAAGCUCUUAGAAUGUGAAUACAUUCUAUAGCCAAUAUCUUCCUGAAAUUUUUAACUACUGGAAAUCCUUAACCAACUAUAUUUUCUUCAUUUUGAAAAAGAUUUGGUUGCUUUUUCUUAGAUGGUUUGUGCUAUUUUCUGUAAUCAUAGUUCAUCUAAACACAGCCUAUUUUCUUGAACAUUAAAGUUUAUAACUUACAGAUCUCCUUUUCAGUAACCUUACAGACUAGCGCAGUCUUCCCUUCCUUCUGUAGGAGGUAGCUGUUGCCAAAGUGCAGAGGUAGCUGGCUCUUGUCUAAUGGGAAAGUGCUGUGUGGAGCUUCAGGGGUCAGUCUUUCUUGUGACAUCUGUCAGUCCCCAAGUGGUUCUAUUCUCCUCUAGAAGUCUGAAAUAUGUAAUCUGAAAUCCUUAAUAAAAUUGGAUCUAAUUUUAUAAAA